UGCACUCAUCUGCAGUCACUAAAGAGUUACAGUCUGUGUACCCGACCAGGAAACACCCGAUGUUCCGAGGCAACCAAUAGAAGGACACAUCAACAAAGAACUGACUCACCGGCAGGAAAACUCGAGCUGGGUUUGAAUUCAGUUCAAAGCCGACUCACCCUUGCUAUCUGCAACAGUUUCACUCCAUCCUUCCACACGUUUUAUGUUUCUCUUUCCAGAGCCAUCAAGAAAUGGCCAAUCCACUACCUGUGGUAGCCCCAGAACAUUUGGAAAGCUUUACCCUGACCAGAACAGGCUCAGGCUUCGCACUCAAAGCCUUUCACACUCCCUGGAACACUCACAUCUGUGUGAAGCUGCUGAGCAGCCAGGACACUACAGAGAGGGAGUGGAAUAUCAUACUUCAGGAUAUAGCAAGUGUCAGAUGUUACGAGUCUGAACGCCUCCUGCCUCCUCUUGGGAUUUACCAGUGCCACGGACUUGUGGGGACAGUGACUGAAUGGAUGAACAAUGGAUCCCUGCACUCGCUCAUCCACGAGCACCAGCUGUACCCAGAGCUUCCAUUUCCCAUCCUCCUAAGGAUCCUGGCAGAUGUGGCUGAAGGCCUGAAUCACCUUCACAGCCUGGAACCUGCUUGCUGCCACUGCAGCCUGAAACCUUCCAAUGUGCUUCUGGAUGGCCAGUACAGAGCCAAGAUAUCAGAUUAUGGUCUACCCAACUGGAGGAAACAGCAACUGAGGUCAGACCUGCAGAAGCAGAGGAACUGCCAGGAUUUAGUAUACCUCCCUCCUGAAAUACUUGAAGGAGGCCCUCCUUCCCAGGAAGGGGAUAUUUACAGCUUUGGAAUAAUGUGUUGGGAGAGCCUAAGCAGACAGAAACCUUUUGGAGGUCAAGGAACCCUGCUGGAAGUUUUGACAGGAAUCUGCAGCAGUUUGCGGCCUGGCCUUUCAGAAAAGUUUAUACCAAGCAAUUUUCCUGAGAGGAAUAGACUGUUGCACCUUAUUGCUCUGUGCUGGCAUCAAGAACCAGAUUCCAGACCACGUCCUGCAGAAUGUGUAGAUCUUCUAAAUGGAAUUCUGACUACUAUAAGUAAGGAGGUAAUUUCCACAGCAGUCUACGGUCUGAUGGAUGCAAAGGAGAGAGCGCUUGAUGCCUGCAAAGGUUCAGAACCAUUCACACUGCACACAGGCACCUGCAACUCUGAGAUUAUCUGCCCUCCAAAAAACAACUGCUUAAUCAGCAAGAAAAUUCCUUUUGUAGUGCCAAGCUCAUCAACCGGUCUGCUUGAUAGCAGUGGAAAUAAUGCAGGAAGAGAGAAUAUUCUUGAGAUGGGUCUGUCAAACACUAUCCCACAGAAUGCAAAAACAAGCAAAGAUCAUCCAGGCUCUGAGAGUAGAAAACCAAACCUCUUUUGGAAGAUUCCUUUAGCUGGUUCAACUGCAAACAAACAAAGCAGUCAGGAUGUUGCCCCACCACUGGCUCUUAAGCACAGACCCCAACCAGUGCACCUCAGACAAGCAGUGACAGGUCCUUGCUGCAAAGGAAACUUCUGCCAAAUACUCACCUGCCAGAGACAGACCAUACUGAGCUGCAUGACAGAAGGACGUCUCAACCACCUGCUCGAUGUCCUUCGCUCGCAGCAAACGCUGUCCCGAACGGAUUAUGAGACAAUCACCUCCUACCCCACAGUGACCGGGCGUGCUCGGGCACUGCUGGACACUUGUCUUUGCCUCGGAGAGAGGGCAGCACAAGGUGUGCUGACUGUACUGUCAGUGAUCAAAUGCAGUCCUCUGGCACAAGUCAGUCACUGCCCAGACUGCCCUGCUAAGGUGAACAGGCUGCUGUUGUGACGUAUUUUCCUGCAGUCUGUUAUAUUCCUCCGAGCACCAGUACUUUGUAACUGCAACGAUUCACGUCAGUUCCUCAUAACCCACUGACUGAAGUCAAUCCUUCCUACAGCCCGUGAUAAUUUUAAGAUUGAAAGGCUUCAGAGAACCAAGUAUUUCUUCAACAGGGCCUUGAGGAAGACUUGGACGUUGUACUCAGGUGGGAGACUGCCUGGGAAUACUGAGUGCUGCAGGUUUUUUUGCCUUCUUCUGGACUUCUCCAAGGACACAGAUGCUUUGGAGCAUCCUGCUGCUGCGUGAGCUCAUCCACGGGUCACAGACCGUUUGACUGAGUUCACACUGGAGUUCCGGUUUGUCCAGUACACAGAAACACUGCUGUUAUCAAAAUGUUCCCAGGCACAGGAGAGUAAGAUAAGUGGUACAGCAAGCAGUGAAAGCAAAAAGCCAGCCACUAACAAGCACUAAUGUACAGAAGGCAGCAAGCCCCACGGCAAGCACACAAAUCUGUCAGCAGCUAAACAGCAACAGCAGCUAUAAAUUUGAUCUAGCACAUUCCAAUCAAAUCUGCUGCUGCCUUGAACCCUUCGAGCCUUGUAUUGGGUGCCGUGACUGUGUAAGCUCUGCUCAGCAAUAACAAAAACAGCUUGGAAUUAUCAACACUGUUUUCAGCACAAAUGCAGAACACAGCCCCAUAGUGGCCACUAUGAAGAAAGUUAACUCUACCCCAUCCAAAACCAGCACAACUGUAAAGGAGAAUAAUAAGAUUACUCUAAUUAUAACGAAAAUUACAGUAUAAGAUGCUAGUUUUUUGAAGGCCCAGUGGGAUUUCUUCAAGCUUCGUGGCACCAGAUUAGCAUGAGAAUUUAUACAAUCUACAGGUAUUUCAAACACAAAACCAUGUUACUCUGUUUCUCUGUGUUGCUUUUGGCUCUCUGCAGUCUCAAAGUUCUCACUGAAUUCAGCAGUUUGGCAGAUUGCAAUUUUAAAUACAGUAAUAUGUUGUGUAAGCAUACUUAAAGAGAUAAGAAAUUUGUUACAUCAAAUUUCCCGCUACAAUACUGAUGAAAGCAUAAACAUAAUUGUCUUUUGCAUAACUUAAUUAAACUUUGAGACUGCCUUGAGAUAAAAUAUUGUUACAAUUAAAAGCAAUGUCUAUCAGGAUGUGUUGACAAUAGUUUUGCUUAUUAAAGGAGAUAAAUAUCUGUUUCACAGUUCAUUUCUCAGUCUACACUUUAAAUGUGAGUUUUCAACAGUCUCUGCUAAAAAAGGGAUGUGAGGAAAAGAACUGCUGGCAUGGUGUUUUGCCUCUUUAGAAGGCAUAAAAUAAUCUGAGUAAAACAAAUAAACAUUCACCUGUGGGAAAUAGUUCCCAAUUUUUAAAAGAGAAACUGGCAAUACUGUUGAAACUUAAUCAUCAGCUUCUGUUGGACACUUUAUACUUCUGUGAAAGAUGUGCUGGCUGGCAGGCUAUGCUGAUUUUUUGUCAUCAUGUUUUUGACACAGAAAUAGUUUUAGCUCUUUUCUAGAAACACCUGCCUACUUCAGAAUAUAAUCUGAUGGCAGACCUGAGCCCAGUGUCAACUGCUGAAUGCAGAGCUGGCAUCAAAGAAUGUCUCCCCAGAAUAUAAACUCUUGUAAGGCCUGCAGUGUUUAACAUUGUCCUGUGCUGAUCACUGAGUGUGUAACAGUGUCCUGUGCUGAUCACUGAGUGUUUAACAGUGUCCUAUGCUGAUCACUGAGUGUGGAACAGUGUCCUGUGCUGAUCACUGCAGUGUUUAACAGUGUCCUGUGCUGAUCACUGAGUGUGGAACAGUGUCCUAUGCUGAUCACUGAGUGUGUAACAGUGUCCUAUGCUGAUCACUGCAGUGAAUACCCCACUGCCUAAAGCUUAUGUUCCUCUGCUUGGGCCCGAGCUGGAUCCCUAGCUCAGGUUUCUGUCAUCCUUGCCUCUGGGUGCUGCAGUUACCUUGGUACUACAAAAUAAUGUUGAAUACACAGUAAAGGUAGAAGAAUCAAACUGUUCUUUAGUAUCUGUGGGAAGGAACAAGGCUUGAAUGUGAACAACUGGAGUUGCAGGAAGGAAAUAUAAAACAUGGGUAACUCUAGACAGCAAAGAGGAUAAUAAAACAAAGUCACUUCAGGACUGAUUAGUAAAGCUCUCUGUUGCAGUUACUUAGAAAAAACAAAAUUAAAAUAAAUAGAUGUUAAAAAUUACAAGUCAUAUUCAGAUUUCAAGAAGCUAUUUAAACUUAUUAAAGGAACAGUAAGUGGAGUAGGUAGAUGGUUAUUUUUCUGCCUUAUUGUAAUGUAUUUUUCUUCUUGAUGAUGGUUGCUGCUAUCUUGCUGAUUUGCAAAAAGAUGACUGUCCCUUGCCCUUUGUCCUAUCUAUACAACACUUUUAUCUGAGCUGGGAUACUUCCUGCAAUGUAAGAAUGUCUGCACUAGAAUUUGCUUGAAGUUGAUUUGUGGAAAAUUAAUCUGAGGUACUGGAAUGAAAUGUUUAAGAGAUUAGUCUUUCCAGGAGAGAGCAAGACAAACAAAGCUAUAAAUACCGCUCAAAUGUUGUUACCAGUGCCAGCUAAACAGUUUCAGAGAACAUCAGAGGAAGAUAACAAGUGCAUAUUCAUAAAAUACUAAUCUACAGAAUUUCAAAAACUGCAUUAAGGGACUGCUAACGUACACAGAAUUUGACACCACAUAAGUAGUCUCAAAUGUACAAAACCUAAAGCACAAUGAAAACAUACUAAAACAUACUAACCCUCAAGGGUUCUUAUUUCAUUGUUUCAAGUCUGAAUUCUACAUAACCUUGUAAACAUUUGUCAAGCUUGCACAGGUUUAGUCACUUGAGCUGUUGGUGCGAAGAUUUGUGAGGAAGGCAAAGUGCAAAUGUAAAGACGCUGAGAGCGAAGGACCCAAACAUCACCGAGGCAGGACAGAGAAUCACGUUUCUGUCCUGCUGUUCACUGAUUACAGUGCUACACAGCUAGUGACUAUGGUCUCCUCCAAUAACAUGUGCUGUCUCUCAGCUGCUGGGCUAUUUUAUGCUUCAAGAAAUUUUGUCUUACAUUAUAUUCCCUUUCAUUCUUUUCCUGCCCCCUUCUUUGCAAAAUACUUUAUGGGUGCUCAAAAGGCCUUAGCAUAGUUUGGUUUUUUUUUCCUUCUCAAGACAAGUAAUCCCUUCCUUGCUUGCCUGGUCCUACGUUCCCUUAACUGAGCACAUGGUUGACUUGACAGCUGGUAUGUCAGCUGAGUUAAACAAAACUCCUGGGUUUUGAAGGUAAGUCCACCAUAAAUUAAACUACCUGACAAGGUCUGAAAAGAACAUAUUUAAUGAGUUAUUUGUGCCACACUAAAGUCAGCAUAGCUGCAAGAACAUAUUAAUUGUAAGCAUUUUACUUAACCCCAGCAUGACAAAAAUCGUAGACAAGAAGCUCAUACAUAUUAUUUCCAGCUCUUGUACUGAUGUGGCAGAAAUUUGUGAUCAGUAUUUUCUUAUUUCCUGCCUUUAUUUCUCUUUGCUAAGAAUGCAUCCCAAGUAAGAGUUACAGAACUCCUUCAACCAGGAUGAAUUAAAUGGCAGUGAUUUAGACAAAAAAUUUAUUCACCCCUUGAAAUGUGACAACAUUCCAAAGUACCUCAAUACCUAUUUCCAGCUGUUGUACUUGAACCUUCCACAUAGCAAAAGCAACAUUCACACAAGCAGAAAGCACAGCUGAAUUUCACCCUCUCAGAAUUAACCUGGCUGUAGUUCAGAAAGUUCUGUGCAGUUGGUCCUUUCCUUAGAUUUCAAGAAAAAAGUGUCAUAUUAGUUAACAGAAUGACUACCAACAUUAUAUCUGUUUGUCCUAUUGGGUGAAAAAGAGCUCAAAGCUUUUUUUCAACUCGUUAGAAUGUUACUGGGGGAAAAAAAGUAAAAAAUGAGAGAAUUGACUAAGGAAUACACCUGGAAAAUGAAAAGAACCCUGAAUGUAUAAGACUUUUGACAGUAUUCAGCUCUAAGCAUGGACUGAGGAGAACCCAGGAGGGAGAGAAAGGUUGAUAAGCAGUGAGGAAACCUGACGUGUAAGGACAAGUUGAUAAACUUGUGUGUGUUUGGUCUAGCAAACAGCAGACGAAGGGCACAGCAAAGAGUGGAGCAGAGGCAGUGAACAUGCAGUGAGGAAAGAGAGCACCUGGUCUGUUUUAUGGCUUUGUGAUUCUGGAGUAGCUUUCAAACAGGGGCUUAAAAAAGAUUUAAAUGCCAUUAUAAAGUCAGGCUCCUUCCCCACAGCCAGAGAAAUCAUCAGUAUUCAUGGAACUUCUUUUUUUACCUGAUCUUUAGUUGACAAAAUUAAUAUAAACAACAGUGAUUUGCUCAGCUUUGAUACCUCAGGCUGUUCAGCUUAUUUAUGCAAACUACAAAUGUUUAAUGUGAUUUAAGGGAGAAGUUAAUGUAUUUUUGCUGGGAGUUAUGUAACAUGAAUAUUAAUAACUGGUGUAACUAUUUAUUUCACUAACACCUACCUGUGAAGUCACGUGCCUGUUAGCAAGGCAGCUACCAGGACGAUGGAUUGGAGAUAAUUUGAAUUAAAGAGCCUUGGAGAUUACUGCCACCCUUUACAGUGUUUCUGUGAGUUCUGAAAGGAAAAGAAGGCUUUCCUACAUUUUUGCUUCUCUGCAGAUCAUGGCUGGUCAUCUUCCCUCAAAUACAACAAAAAUCUUUUCCAUUUUUAUUAAAAGGCAGUCUUUAUUAAGCAAGAUCUCUGUCAAUCCAUUAAAUGUUUGCUGACAGAGCCACUGAAAUACAUAAUCUUUUUCAUGUAGAAAAUUUAACUAUUUUAAGAUUAUUUAUUACCCUGAACUUUCUCUUGUCCCCUUUGUCAAUUUUUAAAAUGGGAUUUUCUUCACAUUAAUGUAUUUGCCUUCUUCUUUUUCCAUGAAACUGCAGGAAUAUUAAAAAAAAAAAAAACAACCCACUCUUAAGACAUACAGUGUUAAAAUGCAAACAAAAUAAUAGGACAAAAAAUAGGUCCUUACUUGUGCUGAACUGGCACGACCUCACAUAGAAAUUUGAUUGUUUUUCUGAUAGACUGCAUGCCUCAGACAGGUUUUACUAAACCCUGUAUGAGACUAAAAGAUUUACAGCCAAAGAAAUAUUUCAACUCGGGGAGGCUUUCUGCAAAACCAGCUAUUACUGCUGUCCCCUCCCUUCUGCUCUGACUCCUGCAGAGCUGGUUAAAAUGUAGUCUGGUAUGUCUGGGUAAAACCUUUUCUCUCCACUGAAAUCAAUCAUAUGCUGGUAUUCAAAUCUGCAGAUUUAUUUGUUUACAGAAAUCUCUCACUUAGGUAUAGAAUUCAUGAUAUGUACAGGAGAAGAGAGAUUUGUAUGCUGGUUUAUACUAUCUUUCAAAACUAAAAUUAAAUCUCAUUUUCUGUAUGAUAUGUAUUGGGGUUUGAACUCAGCUGUUGAAUUUUAUUUUAUUUUAAUGUGUUCAGUAGGAAUGUUUUCUUCUAUUCCAUUUACCAGCAUACCAAUAUAGCAAUUUAAUUCAUUCUUAGAGUCAGAGAAGCAUUUAGACUGGAA